GCGACCACGCACAACCCUGGGCCGUAUAAUCAGUGCGAGGCCAAGAAUCUCCCUCAGUCUCCAAUGGUCAGACCUGAGUUUCUCUGUUCUCAGUGAUCGCUGAACCAUCACAGAAAUGGCGAUCGAUACCGUGCCGCCGCUCAUCGCCGCGCAGCUCAAUUAUCUCAUUAGCCACUGUCCUUUCUCCGUCAAGGUGGAGCUAAUGUGGUCCGGAUGCAAAAACCCUAGCUUACUUGAUCGCUUCACUUUAGUCAUCCCGUAUUGCCUUGACUAUAUCAAAUGGGAUGUUAUAUAUAAUGCUAUAUAUCCGCUGGCCGCUCCGGAUAUAAUAUUCGGACCUGAAGAUGAAAGUUUCCAGCCAGUUUACCGUGGCAAUGAAAAAUCUCGUAAAAGUAGUUUGGCUGAUUGGAACAGCAAGGAUCCAGCUCGGUUGUUGUCUCUUAUUAUAGAGCUCAGGGAUGCAUAUAUUGCAUACCAGAGGAGGCGCAUUGAAGAGGUUGAUGAUGACAGAUUGAAAUUUGAAAUCAGUACUAUGCUUUCAAGAGAGGGAAUUGAGAUGUAUAUGACUUCAGGCACUGACAAGCCAGAAGAGGUUAAAUUUGCAGUUCCUUUACUGGAUAUGGAAUUAAAUAAACUGGUUGCUGGGUCCACUUGGAGGCAUCCACAGAAGAUAUACUUACAGGUUGUUUUUCCAGUUGGUAAAAAGCAGUCUACACCUCCACCUCCGCGGCUAAAAUUGGUCUCUUCUGCGGAGUUGAAAGCUAUAUUUUCCAUUGAAGAUUUCAGACUUCCUCCUUGGUUGGAUGGGAUGUGCACAGCUGAAUAUCUUCCCACUUUGGAGGAGAUGCUGGAAUCACAGAUUAAAGAUGCAGUCUUGUCUGUAGAAACAAGGAGGAAGUUUAUAACGGCAUUGGUACCGCUAUUUGGAAGACCAAUAGAAGCUGAUCCGGUCUUUUGCAGGAGGGCGACAUUCCUGGCUUCAUCUGGGGUGUUCACUUUUCUGGUCCAUUUCUCUCUCUCUCUUCAAUUUCCAAAGCAGCAACCGGGUUUAACACUUCAGAGUUCCCAGCAUUUCAAUUCCAAUGGUAUGCCCGUCAAGUCACCUAAUUUAGCAGAAUAUCCAUGGAGUCCAAGAUGGGAACCAUCAGAAAUGGCUGAUCGAAUAUUCGACUUUCUGGCAGAAGAGUGUUUAAACUUCAAGAAGUAUUGCAAUCAGUUGAAUCAGCAAUGAGCAUAUGCUUCAGCAUCUCAGGGCCAUUUCAUAGGACGGUGUCUGCGUUUUGACGACGCUGUAUUAUAUGCCUGCUGCAUUAUUUGUAAUGUUUUUUUUUUUUUUAUGUAAAGUGGCACAGCUUGGAAUUGCCUAAUUUCUGUACUUUCUAUGAACAAUGAGAGUGGCAUAGUGUUAAUGUGCAUAAUGUUUUUGCC